AUGAGUUCACCAAGUACCGUCUUCCAGCUCUCUGGAACAUGCAACAACUACGACUGGGGGAAGAAAGGUCGCGAGUCCCUUGCGGGGCGAUUGUGCGAAAACACUCCCACCGGCUUCAAAAUCAAGGACGAUGAGGCCUACUCUGAGAUGUGGUUUGGUGACUACCCGGAUUUCCCCGCGCGGGUUCUUGAGACAGGCGAGCCGCUGCGCGAUGUCUUGCAGAAGAACAAGGAGAAGUUGUUGGGAAAGAAGGUGAUUGAGAAGCUUGACGCUCAGCUCCCGUAUCUGCCGAAGAUUCUCUCCAUCGCCAAGGCUCUCCCUUUGCAAAUCCACCCCAACAAGUCCCUUGCCAGCAAGCUUCAUGAGCAGGACCCAGACAACUUUACUGACCCGAACCACAAGCCCGAAAUCGCCGUCGCGCUGGGCAAGUUCGAGGUCUUCGCCGGUUUCAAGCCUCUGGACAGCAUUUCACCCAUCUUCAAUAUCCCCGCUCUGAGAGACUUCAUCCCGGACGGCACGAAAACCUGGAACGACGAGACGCUGCGCGAGGUCACUCGUCGGCUUCUCUUGGCUGACGAAGAGACCGUCGAAAAGGCCGCCAAGGCCCUUGGCGACACUCCUCGAGAAGAACUUGGCGGUAACGCCUACGUGUUGCAGCUGCUGCCGAGAUUGCAGGAGCAGUACGGAAAGGGAGACCCUGGCACGCUAGUCGCACUGCUGUGUAUGAACUUCUUGGUGUUGGAGGCGGGCCAGGCGCUGUACAUCCCCGCCGACGGGAUUCACGCGUACUUGUCUGGAGACAUUGUCGAGUGUAUGGCGAGGUCGAACAACGUGCUCAACACCGGCUUUUGCCCACCCGGUGAUCGGAACAACAUCGACCUGUUCAGCAAGACGUUGACCUUCAAGGCUCACAGCAAGGAUGACGUUCUGCUGCCUGCGGAGACGAGCUCCAGGAGCGCUCAGGGACGUACGGUGGUGUACCGCCCGCCGCUGAGCGAAUUUGACAUGUUGCGGACGGAGCUCGAUGAGAAGAACACCAGCGAGGUCAUCAAGGCGGGCGACGGCCCCGCUGUUGCCAUCGUCACUGGUGGUGAGGGUACUUUGGAGGCAGACGGAAAGAAGUUCGAUGUCAAGGAGGGCCACAUUUUCUACAUUGCCCCUGGCAUUGAAGCGAAGUGGGAGAGUAAGGGUCUGAUGCAGAUCUUUACAACCGUGGUUUAA